AUGCCCACAGGGUCAUCCAAUGUGCUGAGCGCACCCACGCUCGAGUACCUUUUUCACCACAUGUUCUUGCCUCCCAAACUACCUGGCGGAGAUGAUACGUCUGUUACCCACGAGGCCGAUUUGAUCGACUAUGUACUUAAGAGCCUGUCAGAGUACCUACAAGAAACAGAGCUCAGCUGCCAUAGAGCUAUCAGGGCCGCAAUGUCAAUGAUGGAGAAUAUGAAAGCUGGAAGAGAUGACGAGGGUUUCCUCAGAGAAGUUGUAUUGCGAGAUACUCUCAGAAAUAUUCUUUCGUCUGUACCAGACACUGCUGUACCGUUGCACAUCAGGAUGCAGAAUGCGGGAGUAUUAUUUCGACGCGACAGAGAUGUGGCAAUAUUCGAGCUGUUUGAGCUGUCUCCCACCAACCAAGCUGUCUAUGCAACGAAAGGACGUCUCAUUCGCCACUUUCCGGCCACUGCGAUUAGCGUUCCUCUCGAUACAUUCACCAAUGAGUCCUUCCAGGAAGUCCUAGCCAAAACCAUGACAAAGAUGAGUUAUGAGGCAGUGCAGGAGAGUAUUCCAAAGGCAAGAAAGGCGGACCAAGAUCAUGAUGAAGGACGGGAAACCAACCACCCGCGAAUUGUCACGGAGUUGUUGAGCAGCUUCCUUCGAGGAUUAGGGCAUCCGACCGCCGUCCCUGGAGUAAGUAAGAAUACUAGGGAAGAAGUCAUGUGGGACCAAAGCAAGCUUCCCUGGAGACGAUCUCCUGUCUGGCUCCUUGUUCGCUGUUCUCUUCACCUAACCAUGAAUCGCAUGUCUAUCGGCUCAGGUGAAAUCUACAAGUCCUUCAUGAUUUUCCUUCUCAGCCGCGUGCUCAGAGAUGCGACGCACCUGGGCUCUGCCAGCGAGACUCUCAAGAUGAUGUCCGCUAAAGUGUCUCGGAGACUCCUGAAGCUGCAGCAGCCAGCUACCGGCAGAUGGCUAUCGACAGUCCAUAAUUCGGUAUCUUCAGCCUCCCAUCUGAUGGAUGAGCGAUGGCAAUUGAUCCGCGACUUAUCUCAGCCAACGCUCAACUUGAAGGCUCUCUCUACGCUGAAUAUGGCCCAAGAUUUGUGCAUCAAUCCCCAGGGAUUAGAUGACUUCAUAUCUUCUAUAUCGAAGCGCGAUGCCCUUAGCAAGGUGUCAUCUUUCUGUCCAGCAUCAGAUGUUUUCAAUUGUGACGAAAACAUGCCGACUAUUCCAACGGACCCGGAUGAAAAAGCAAUCCCAUUUGUUCUCGCCAUGGUCGAAUUGUGGGUGGCCGAAAACCUCGACGGGUGGCUCAAGACUCAUCUUCAUGACAACUCAUCUUGUCCCAGCAUCUGCAAUCUGAUGUCUUGCUAUCAUGGAUUGGCGAAACAUUGGUACAACGGUCGACCGGAAGGGACAUCCAGAAUGGUUCUCGUCUGCCUCGAGCUUUGGAUUGCAGCUGAUACAGUUGCCACACAUACGCUUCCACUACUGAAAGAAUACGAGCAUGAGAUUCCCGUCGAAGUAUUGCAGGCGCUAUUGCUUGGCUUUCGAGAAGAUAUGGAGAGACUGCAUCGUGCCGAGACUUAUCUCCAACAUCGACGAGAUGAUGCACGACCACAUCGUAGACCAUCAAUCAUGGUCUCUUAUGGGUUACCGGGGUCUUUCCCUGUGGAAUACUUUACGCGUUCUCCGCUCCAUCAAGACCUUUUGAGGCGUAUUGAAUUGUGGGCGCAUAAGGAAAGGGAUUCUAAGCGCGAAGAAUUUCGAAAGCUUCACGCCGAAUAUACACAGUUGAUGGAACAGUACAAUCAAGGGACGUGCGAAACAAGACUGCGCUGGGAGCACGGAUACUCAUAUUCCGAACACCAUCCAGAUUGCUCAAGAUGCCAGCUUCACACAGAAGCCGUGAAACUUCGGAUACAAGUGCACGAGUGGCCACUCUCAAGCAAACCACUGGAAGCUCAGGCAACAGUUUUUGAACUGGCCCUUCCCAGGAACUUUGGCGAAUGGCGUGAUGCAACAGUUUUCAUUAUUGAUGACCUGCUUCUAAGCAAGUCUCAAUUCACUGAAGGGUCGGAAACAUCUUAUCCUCUACGGUCUUACUCUGCUCUUUCAAGCUUCUUCCAGACAAAACCCACCUUGCGGGUGCAUCUUCUGUCCAACACAAAGCCCCAUGUCAACACUCACCGAGGAAAGAGAGAUAUUUCCACCAGUUCGGAAGCAGAUCGCCUUCACGGUUGCGUUUCACGCGUCAGAGAAAAUUGGCAGUCGAACAUUUCCCUGUGGGUCUUUGUCUUUCUCACAGCUCGUCUUGUGACGAUGACGACUACGCAAAGUCUGAAAGAGGAAGCUCUUGGCCUCUUGACUGAGUGCAGGGUAAUUACUCUUCGGUGGCUGGAGAAGCUGCAGGCCAGAGCCCAUGAGACUAAAGAUGAAGACCAAAGGAUUCAAUUCCUUCAAAUUGCCUUUCGAGUUUCUCUCAUAUGUGCCGACACAUUCAAUCUGGAUAAUGACUCUCUGUCUAAGACCCUGCCCAAUCCCACGCAGGCGGCCGUAUUACUAGAAGCAUCUAUCAACAUCUUUAACAACAUUGGGCUUUUACACAAAGAGCGAGAGAGAGAAACCCUUGAUGAGACAAUGCACGACCGAUGGGUGUUCACAUUGCACCGCGCACGCCGGAUACUUGUGAAAGAGGUCCUCCUGAAUAGCAACUCUUGUCUCGAUAUCAGCAUCAGCCGAUAUUGGCCAGAUUUUCGCCGCGACACGGAUUGGCACCUCGUUUCUUCCACUUGCAGUUGGCUUGAGACAGUGACUAAUGGCAGAAAAGUUCACUUCAACAUCCUCAGUGGGUCGCUUUUGAUCGAUGGAAGUCCCUUAUCUCGUUUGCCUCGAGAGUAUGAGGCCCAUCAUGAUUUUGAAAGGGUGUUUGGACGCUUUGUUCUUGAAGUUAUGCCAAGUACUGCUCAAGGAAUGCGCUUCCGCGGCUGCAAGACCUUUGACGGCUACGCUGUUCAUUUUGGUAUGGUGGAAGAUACUUCGGCAGACGAAGAUGAUCUGUUGAUUCGUCUGGAAGAUGCAACGAUGUGUCUUCCCACUUUGGAUCUUGUCCCGUCUCGAAUAUUUAAACAGUCAAUGCCGCACGCGUUUGCAAGAGGCUAUGUCCAUUGGUACAACCAUGCUACAAAAAGCAUAGAGUUCUGUCCGAUGAAAGAUCCAUGGAAGCGCAGUCUGGAUAACUGGACAAUGACACAGUAUGGUGGCCACUGGAAGCUCACUCGCCGUGAGAGCACAUCACUCGUUGCCCCGAACAGUGAAUCUGCAGCUCUUUUAGCGACGAUCUUUUCCCCGCUUGACUCUCUUCUGAACCUGCAUAUCUUAUUCAACGCAGACGACAAGACUUCUGUAAUCGAGAUUCCGAGACUGCAGCUCGAGUUCAGCCUGAAGCACGGCGAGUCGGUCAUCCGAUCACGGCAGUUCCGGGGAAAGCAAAUUGAUGCAGACCAGUCUAUGGAGACAUUGGUUGGAUUUAAGAGCAAGCUCAUAUUGCAAGACUCCCAAAUGACCGGCGACCGAAUGGCUAUAAUCCCUGAAGGGGAUAUCAGCUUCGGCCGAGAUUGCUCCACUGGGCAUAUAAGGGCGCGUGUGGAAUACGGCACGGCUCAUCGUGUGCUGCAGUAUACAAUUGACAGCCAACUCCGACGCCUGGUUGACAAUGCCACUGUCCACAGCAAGCUAUUCCUGGCUUAUAUACACGCGCUUACUUCGUAUUGUGUUCCUGAUCCCUUCCUGAGUCGGACUGGAACAGAAGAGGCUCUAGCAAUCCUGCAGUCUGCGUCGAUUCGGUCCAUUGACUACCUUACCGAAGACAGCAUUAAGAUACUCUGCGGCAUUGCUGCUUUAACGCCCAGUCGGAAGUUCUAUCCUGAGCAUCUCAGGUCCAUGCAGACAGUUAUUUGGCAUCCUGAUUUGAGUUUCCUGGCCCAAGAUUCACGGUUCUACAAAAUUGUUAGCGGCAAUCUGGAGACGGUGUCAGCCUUGAGCUUCCUGCAUCCGCCGAAUGCACCCAAGCUGUCUGGCAUCACUACGCGGAGGGAUAUUGACGAUUUCCUCAUUGAACGGGAAAUAUACGCGUGCUCACGCUAUCAGGUUUCUCUUUGUGGCGCUGAAGAUUAUGGAACCAUUCAGGGGAUUCAGUAUCAAUCGAGAGAUCGAGGGACGUCAUCUCGCGUGGCUCUUGCGGGUCAAAUCGCACGAAAGGUCCAUGAUGCCGUCGCCAAGCUCGAGCACCACCCUGCUAAUGAUGCUUUUGUUAACUCAAUUUACCAACUCCUUUCACACAAAGAUGGAACGCCCGCUACUAGGAUUGUUCCUUCUUUGUUGGAGAUGGAAUACGGGAGUCGAUGGCUCCAAGACCCGCUGGAGUUUCUGUACAAAUUCUGGUGCAGGUUACACUUUGCAUUUCAGACUGACAGAGGGUGGUUGAAUAAGUAUCAAGCUAUGAUAUGGCUUACCACAUUGGCUUAUUCAACCAAGUGCGACGGCGAUGUCCUCCAAAGCCUAUUGAUGCUUUCACUCACCGAGCACCUACCGGCAACGCCUUUACCCGAGGAGUCCUUAUACCACCUUAAAGAAGGCUAUGAAUGCAAAAUCCAAACACUGCGGAGCAUCCUUGAACACGCUUCGAAAGAUUUCCAUGCCGGAUGCCCGGAAGAGGCCAUAACUCCCUACCGAGGCGAAUCUCCGAUUGACACGGCGCGUCGGCAGAGAGCGACCUUUGACUCUAACCAGAGAGAAUUCAUAAGUUCGUUUGUGGAUGAUCUCGUUGACCAGUGGCCUUGCUCAAUGCCAGUACAACCGCAGAACCAUCUACAUCAUACCUACAUCAAUGUAUCGGACGCAAUGGUCAAGGUGCGAGCACAAUGGCAGGUAUGGCAUGAUAACUACAAAUUCAGAGGUUAUCUGCAAGAGUUUGGUAGCCGAUUAAGUCACUACCAGGUUGGAAACGUGGAUAUGUCACGCCGGCUGUCCUUGUGUUACCCAGGCCCAGCUGGUCGCCCUCGUGGAUAUGUAUCCGUCGAUGACCUGUUCGCUAGGCCUCCACCCAUCAUUCCAAACACAAAAUCGUCCUUGGAUUUGGCUACUCUAUCUACCACGGCUACUGACGAUAUGGGAGACCACAAGCUGUCGGAGAUGCUGAAGUAUCUAAAACGGCAGGCAAAAUUUGACUUUGAACGACGAUAUCUUUCGGAACUGGCGCGUAGUCUCACGGAUCUUGGGACCUGCCGGGAGAUGAUGUUAAACGAAAACUGUAUGUCUAUGCGAGCAGCAACGUUUCAAUCGCAUUUGGGUCAAUGUGAUAUACACGUCCAAGGCAUAUACGAUGCCUUGUUAGGGGCAGUCUUGCAGAAGCAGGAUAAAAGGAAUAAGAUGGAGGAAACCGCUCGAAUCGCUGGUUUCUGGCCGAGGCUCUCUCCAACAUUCUUCCUUCAACAGCUUGGUCGGCGUCGAUGGCCGUCGCUUUCCGAAGCAUGGAAGAAGGCUAUUGUUGCGUAUGGAGUUGCGAUCACCGCCCUUCAGCAAGCGCAGAGAUUAGUGCAACUGAUUGGCAAAGACGUCGACCUCCUCCGCGAAGUACAAAAUCCAGGGCAUAGUUGGGACCCGCAUCAAUUUCCUGAGUGGCUAUUGUUGGAGUGCGAGAGCGGCAUCAUGAUCCGGCAUGUGCAACAUCAAAUUGCCGAGCGGAUGAUAUCGCCGGAUAACGACGAGAAUGCCGUAAUGCAGCUCAACAUGGGUGAAGGAAAGUCUUCUGUUAUUGUCCCUAUGGUCGCAACUGCGCUCAGCAACGGUUCGCGAAUCGUUCGCAUCGUAGUUGCCAAGCCGCAGGCGAAGCAGAUGCACCAAAUGCUCGUAUCCAAGCUUUCGGGCUUGAUAGACCGCCCCAUUUUUCGAAUGCCGUUUUCUCGAGCCAUUCGCAUGGAUCCAGGUAGAGCUGCCAUGGUCGAAGAAUUGGCUCGUCGAUCUAUGAGAGAGGGCGGAGUCAUGUUAGUUCAACCAGAACAUCUACUUUCUUUUCAGCUCAUGGGGCUAGAAUGCCUAAUUGACGGGAAGGAGGCAGUCGGCCGCUGUAUGCUCAACGCCCAAAAGCUGUUUGACCACUCCUCAAGAGAUAUAGUCGACGAAAGCGAUGAGAACUUCAACGUCAAGUUUGAGCUUAUUUACACCAUUGGGCUGCAGCAGAGUAUUGAACACACUCCGGACCGCUGGGUGGUGAUUCAAGAGGUACUUGACAGAUUCGCUGCAGUCUGCCUAGAGUUGAAGAAGGAUUCCUUCUCGGAGUCGCUGGAAAUUGGUGACCAGUAUCUGGGGAGAUUUCCGAGGAUACGAAUCCUGCGUUCUGAUGCGGAGCUGGCCGUACUCAGUCGUCUCGCUCACUCCAUUUGCUGCACUGGGAUCACUGGACUCUCUAUUGCACGGCAGCCCAAGCACGUAAGAGAUGCCGUAUAUCGGUAUAUCACUUACAGCAGCCCUACGCCACAGGAAAUCAGUGCCGUUGAAGAAAGUGCAUACUGGGGGGAGAGUACAAGACACUACAUCCUUCUUCUCCGAGGCCUCUUUGCAGGCGGCAUUUUGGCCUUUGCUUUCGGCCAGAAACGGUGGAGAGUCGACUAUGGGACGGACGCUAAUCGUGAGACGAAAACCCGGCUGGCCGUGCCAUUUCGAGCCAAAGAUAAUCCCACGCCACGGUCGGAAUUCAGCCAGCCAGACGUCGUCAUACUGCUCACAUGCCUCAGCUACUAUUACAGCGGCCUUAAAGAUCAAGACCUUUUUGAGACGCUCGAUCAUCUCAUCAGAUCUGACAACGCUGAUCUCGAAUACAGUGCUUGGGUCCGCACGGCGCCGCAAUUGCCUCGCGCAUUUCAACAUUUGACUGGUGUCAAUAUACGUGAUCGCGCGCAAUGUAUCGGAAGCAUCUUCCCAAUGCUUCGCUACUCCAAAGGCGCCAUCGACUAUUUCCUUUCGCGCAUUGUGUUUGCAAAAGAGUCUAGAGAAUUUCCCCACAAGUUGUCUGCCUCUGGCUGGGACCUGGCCAAGAAGAAAGCCAACUCGACAACUGGAUUCAGUGGCACCAAUGACUCAAGAUAUGUGCUCCCUUUGGCUAUCAAACAACUCGAUAUUCCAGCACAAAACCACACGAAUGCCUUGGUGCUGGAAUAUCUGCUUAGACCUGAAAAUGGGAUCAGGCUGAUGUCGGAGACGUCGAGAGGGUUUGCUCUGGGGUCCGACUCACUUCUGGAGAUGGUGUCUGAAAUGGGACCGAGAACCCGAGUGAUCCUCGACGUUGGCGCGCAGAUUAUUGAACUGGAUAACCUGCAGUUUGCCCGAAAGUGGCUCGACAGCAUCAAAGACAAGAUCUCCGUUCAAGCUGUUGUCUUCUUCAAUGACGCUGACGAGCUGACGGUGAUCGAUAAAUCGGGCAAAGUUGAGCCUCUUCAAUUAUCACCGUUUGCUUCACAGCUGGAUCAGUGCCUGGUGUUUCUCGACGAAGCCCAUACGAGGGGCACAGAUCUCCGCCUCCCUUCUGACUACCAGGCGGCGGUAACAUUGGGCGCAAACUUGACAAAGGAUAAGCUCGUGCAAGCUUGUAUGAGGAUGCGGAAACUCGGGAAAGGGCAGUCAGUAGUCUUCUGCAUUCCCCGAGAAAUUGAACAGAAGAUCUUGAUGCGGCAAGAUCCUGAGUCGUCAAGCCCGGGAAAAAUCACGGUAUCAGAUGUGCUCUGUUGGACCAUCUCUGAGACUUGGCUGGAUCUAAGACGAACUGUCCCCUUGUGGCUGACUCAAGGCGUUCGAUUCUACGAGCAGGAUGCUCUAUGGGAACAGAGCACUCUGCUUGAUAGCUCCUACGACCACACGGUUUGGGCUAAGAAGUUCCUCGAGGCUGAAGCUCAGAGUCUCGAAGUCCGAUAUCGUCCACGAUCUGCAUUGAAAUCGUCCCAACUGGUCCAACGCGCCGGUCCAGAGAUGAGGGUUGAAUUCGAGAACCGUUGUCAAGAAUUUGGGUUAAAGGAAUUUCACAGCUCCUCUCUUCAGGAAGAACAAGAGAGAGAACUUUCUCCCGAGACAGAGAGGGAACGGGAAGUUGAAUUACCUCCGCAGGUCGAACCUCGCGCACAUUUUUGUCAUGAUGAUCUUGUGCAUUUUGUUGAGCAUGGAAAGUUUCCCACAAAUUUCACCGCCUUCAAGCCUGCAUUUUACUCACUCUCGGAAACUUCAGCUGCUGAGCAUCUUGACGUGAGCGACUAUCCAAGCAGCAUAUGGGCAACUCAAGACUAUUGCGCAACAGUCAUGAUGAACGAAGCUCUCGAUAACGUUACAGACCUCUUCCAGCGUCCCGUGCAAUGGAUUUUGACAAGCAAGGACGCAAAUGAUGUCAUCGAUCGACUCGCCAUCAUCAGUCCAUUCGAGGCGCAUCAACUGCUUAGAAGGAUCGAGACUUGCAAAAUGGUUACAUUACACCUCUAUGCCCCAAGGACCAAUCACGCAUUCGAACCGUUAGACAGGCUGACACUGUAUACGGUACCUCCGCAAGAGAGAAAGCCUACGCUUCCGCAGGGCAUGAUGAUUGAGCUGGACAUAUUUGCUGGCCAGCUGUAUUUAUCGUCAUUCGAUGAGUACGCCACGUUAUGCGACAUGCUUGGUCUGGCACGAGACCUUCCGGACGAUGAGGUUGUCCUUGGACCAGACGGCUUUAUUCCGCCCGGCACAGUUAGUGGCGAUAUCAUCAACAAGUCUGCUUUCAAGAGGAGUCCCGUCCCGUUUCUCAAGGUGCUGAUGAAGAUACGGCGAAAUUGUGAGGUAAUUGAUAAGACCCAUAUGGGCAAGAUUCUGGACGGGAUAUUGUUACGGCAAGCAGAUUUCGACGAAGAAAAGGAAAUGUCGUAG